AUGCAGAAUAUUUGCCUGUUGGUCGAUUUGAACGGCAGCUAUGGGAAUAUUAGCCAUCUCUGCAUACCAGGAGGCCCCGGUAUAGGUCCAGUACCCAUGAUUAAGCCACCCGCUAAAAAGAUAACUAUCUAUUUGUCCCUUGAAAAGGAAAUACUAUGCGGUUACUUUAACAAGCAGGAUCCGGCACCUUUGUAUAAGAGACAACUAAGCCAGGAGUUGGAGCAAUAUAUUAUGACUUCCAUCCGCUCUGCUAAGAAAGAGUCUGAAUUUAAUUACAAAAUUACCUACAGCAACGAGGAAGAUAAAGACUACGCGGAGCCAUUAUUAUAUGCUAUUCGUCGUCAUUUCGCAGAUUCCAAGAGUUUAGCCAUUGAAGGAUUUGACAAGUUCAAACUACGAUCAUACAAAUUGUUAUUCGCCAGUCUCGCAUUUGAAUCGGCCGAUCGCCCGGCUGCUAUGUUCGCUACCGAUUAUCCUUUACGAAUUUUGAUUGCAGAAGAUAAUGUUAUCAAUCAAAAAAUUGCUACUAAAAUUCUGAGUUCGUUAGGUUACGAAACGUCACUGGCAAAUAACGGGAAAGAAGUUGUUGAAAUGGCGGGUAACGAAUCGUAUGACCUUAUCCUGAUGGAUGUUCAAAUGCCUGAAAUGAAUGGGUUAGAAGCCACACGUAUGCUUCGUAUAUGUCUUCCCGUACAACCCGUUAUCAUCGCACUUACUGCAAAUGCCAUGCAAGGGGACAGGGACGAAUGCAUGCAGGCAGGAAUGGAUGAUUAUAUGAGUAAGCCUAUCGAGAUAGAUGAGCUGAUGCGCCAAUUACAAAAAUGGUAUCGGGCGCGAAAAGCAAGUAACGAUAGCGCUUUAUAA